AUGUUGGCCAUGAUCAAUCGCGUGCUUGACUGGAUUAGAAGCCUUUUUUGGAAGGAAGAGAUGGAGCUGACUUUGGUGGGAAUGCAGAAUUCUGGAAAGACGACUUUUGUCAACGUUAUUGCGAGUGGCCAGUUCACUGAAGAUAUGAUUCCCACAGUUGGUUUCAAUAUGCGCAAGAUUACGAAAGGCAAUGUCAUAAUAAAAGUAUGGGAUGUUGGAGGCCAACCACGGUUUCGCUCUAUGUGGGAACGCUACUGUAGGGGUGUUAAUGCCAUUGUCUUUAUGGUUGAUGCUGCUGAUGAAGAUAAACUGGAAGCUGCUCGUAACGAACUUAUGCAGUUGCUCGAUAAACCUCAACUUGAGGCAAUUCCGGUUCUCGUCUUGGCUAAUAAGAAAGAUUUACCGGGGGCACUUGAUGAACGGCAACUAAUUGAAAGGAUGAACUUAUCUGCUAUUCAGAACCGUGAGAUUUGUUGUUAUUCAAUUUCCUGUAAAGAGAAGGACAAUAUUGAUAUAACGCUACAGUGGUUGAUUGCACAUUCAAAGAAUUCAAGGUAA